AUGCUCUUUGCUACAACUUGCACUUGCUCAACCUCAAGCGCAUCUGGAAAUGAUGAAAUCUCUUUAGUUAUGUUUAUGACCAGCGAAUAUGUUAUCGCGACAACAAGUGAUCUCCUAAUAUCCAGUAAGAGUUCCAUGCUUUUAUCCGUGCAAUCGUCAAUGCAACCAACUAGUCCACCACCGACAGCACCUACCACAAUAACUCCAUCGCCAACUACUACCACCAAUCCAUGCCAAGGAUCGAGAGCUUGUGGUAAUACUGCUACCUGUGUAAGUAAAUCGGCAGGCUUGUCAUUUUAUUGUCGAUGUAAAGAAGGUCAUUAUCUUCGAAACGAAUCUCUACCAAUGGUCGAGAAUCAAUCCGGUGACAAUUGCCGACCUGGACAAUUUCUUGGUGGUAAUUUAACUCUUGAUACGACAUAUACUCCUGAGUUAGCCAAUAAAAGCAGCACUCAAUAUAAAAAUUUAGUGGCUACUGCCAAGCAAAAGUUGGAAGGAGUGCUACGGCAAGAAUAUGGAAAUGUAUUUGAACGUGUUGUGAUUGAUAGAAUUAGAAAUGGAAGCAUUAUCUUUGAUUUCCGCAUCAUCAUGAGAUCAAAUUCAACAAAUAAUGCAACUCAAAUAGCCUUGACCAUUUCCGACCUAGUAACAACAGUGGGAAAUGCCAACGUUUCAAAAACUUAUGUAGCAGCACUUGAUGUAUGCGUUGGAAGUAAUCGCCCAUGUUUAAGUACAAAUCAAGUUUGUACUCCUACAAAUGGAGGCUUUCAAUGUGGAAAUUGUCGGACUGGUUACCGCUAUAAUAGUUCGACCAAUAUUUGUAAUGAUAUCAAUGAAUGCAUAGCCCAACCAUCAUUCUGCCAUAAUCAGAAUCGUACUUGUACAAAUGCCGUUGGCUCAUUUAGCUGCCAGUCUUGUCCAUCUGACAAGCAAUACGAUAGAGUCAAUAGAAGUUGCGUUGUUGCAGUAUCGUGUACUCCAAAUCCUUGCAGAUAUAGUGGCACCUGUAUACAAAUACGUAAUGCUAAUAGCAUCACUUGCAAGUGCAUUAUUUUUUUCAAAGGUGAUCGAUGCCAGAACUUGACUGAUAUCGGUAUUGCUAUCAUUGCUAUUGGUAGUACGGUGGUAAUUCUGAUUAUUUUAGCUAUUACUGCCGUUUGCUAUUACGUUCGUACCAAACGAAAAGGAGUACGCCAUCCAACUCGGCAAUGCGCUGGAGUAAAUGAAAGUGAACAGAUUGUCAUGGAUAAAUUACUGAAACCACAAAUCAGAGCCGCUCAGUUAGAAACCAAUGUGCCUACAAGACCUUAUGCGGGUGAAAUUGGUGGCAAACACACAAGUGUAACUUACGAAGAUAGGCAAAUGUUGACUAGAAGUAAAGUAUUUGAAGAAUAA